CCUCGUCUUUCGCGGGGGCGCGCCUCGUAUCCUCGUCAAAGCUCCACCCGCUAUUCUCACACUCGCCCGUCGGCAGAGGCGGGUGGCACAAGAGAGGGCGCGCAUAUAGCUGAGCCCAGGAUAUCGAGAGCAGAAGCACUAGCACCAGCGCCGCCGCUUUGAGCUUUGAGCUGGUACGACGAGUCGGGCUCUUGUAAGUCGGAGCAGAGCACGAACGACUUGGCUCUCACUCACUCCAGAGUCUAGGAGACCGCGCGGCGAGCCAGCCCGACUGCCGUCGAGCGCUCACCGUCGCCACCGUCAAACCCGUCGCCCCCGUCGCCCCCGUCGCCACCUUCUUUCUCGUUGUUCGAAUCGCGCGUUUCUGAGUCGAGACGAGUCGCCGCGCGGCGGCCUUCCCCUACUAACUUUUUAAUCUCCGGAUAAGGCUUAUCAUCACCAUCAUGGACCUCUCGUCGGCUCUUCUCCUGCUGCUCGACGGCAGCAUCCGCAUCCUCACCAACCUGCACCCCGAGCGGCAGUACGAGUCCGAGUGGGACCUCCGGGCCGCCUCACAGUCGUCGCUUCUGCAGACGCAGCGUUCAGAGCCGUUCGCGCAGUCGCACACACAGUCGCAAGCACAGUCGCCGCUCUCACUUGUUCCUAGAACCACAAGCUGCCCCGCCAGCAGCGCCAGCGGCAGCGGCAGCGGCACACGCACGCCGCUUCUGUUUCCGUUUACGCUUGCGGCGUUCGCCGGGGGGGACAUCAUCCGAAGGAAAGACCGCCAAUAUUAUCAUCAUCAUCAUCAUCCCUCGGAGCAACUCCAAGCUCGAUUUGAAGGCGACUCCCGUCGUCCGUCGAGUACUGCUACUACUAGUAGUACUACUACCCUUCCUGCGAUCUCCUUCCCUCCGCGUGGUGUCCUCUCCGCUUCCGCCCCGCACCUCCCCGCGGAUCUUUUCGCCGCCGCCGCCGCCGCGGCUUACGUCCUUCCGCCCCCGCUCCUGGUGCGUGACGUGCUCCGCGAUUUCCCCGGAUGCGCGGUGGGCAUGCUGGAUUCCUCGCGCGCGCACCUUCCGCCGUCCGCGCGCAUCCAGGCGGGGGGAGUCUACUUCCUGCUGCCCGCUGGGGACGAACGGCGGACCGGCAGGAGAGCAGGGGGAAACCGUCAAGACCGUCAAGAUCACCAAGACCGUCAAGAUCGAGCGGUGGGCGGCGAGCCGUCACCGUUACGAUCAGAAAUCGACGGUGUGCGCCGUCACGGUGGCUUUGCCGCAGGGACAGCUGCGGCGGCAGCGGCAGAUGCAGCAACGGACAUUGAGAGCACCAAUCAUGAUGGUAACGACGACGCCGACGCCGCCGCCGCCGACGACGAUGGCGACGAGGAUGAUUUUGGUGAUGACGGCGAAUCGGCAGACGCGGUGAUGCAGAUGUCGAUGGCGGAGGUGCCGCGGUGCAGGUCCGACCCUGUGCGGGGAGAAGGAGAAGGCCGGCGCGCUCUGCUGGCGCUCAUGGAACGAGCGCGGACAGCUGCGGCGACCGCAGGAGCCCCAGCGGGUAUGGUGGCGCACACAUCGAGGAGAGUUUCAGCUGCUGAUCAUGCUGGUGCUGCUGCUGGUGCCGCUGCUGGUGCUGCUGCUGGUGCCGCUGCUGGUGCUGCUGCUGGUGCUGCUGCUGGUGCUGCUGCUGGUGCUGCUGCUGGUGCAGCUGGUGCGUGCGCUGCCAUGGUCAAGUCUUCGUCGAUUCCUUGUCAACUUGGUAACAGCGACGGUUACUCUUUUAUGGCAGCCGUUCAGCAGCACCACCACCACAUGGCUCCAGGGUUGCAUGACCCAUGUGCAGCGAGAAAGCUAUCCCACUGCUGCUCCCUCCCUUCCUCCACCACAAGUGACAACAGCGCCACCACCACUACCAGCAGCAGCGGCACCAGCAGUGCCGCCAGCAGCAGCAGCAGUGGCGGCUACGGCUACGGCUACGGCUACGGCAGUGGCAAUGGCAGUGACGCCAGGAAUGAUGGUACCACAAUGGACGCCCCUUGCCGCGCCUUGACCGCUGGGAGCUGCUGCUGCUGUUCUCGUGGCACAUUUGCACCCAUGACACGGAACGGGGGCAGCGUAGAUACUGGGCUAAAUAACCUCGCGUCCGAAGAGGCUGCUGUGGGGGGCUAUAAGGGGAAUAGCAGGUUUGAGAACAGCAGAGGAAGCAGCGGCGGCGGUGGCGGCAGCAACAGCAGCUGCUGUAGACUGAGCAGGGAUGCGAGCAAUGUCAUCAUCUAUACUGCUGCGGCUCCUGCUGCUGCUGCUUAUGGUGCUGCCACUUCUGUUUUUGCUGCUGUUUCUGCUUUUGGUAGUGACUCUCAUAUGGUUUCCCUUCAUGGGUCACACAUAAGUGAACUGGCGAUUGGGUCUCUGUCUUCAAUGCAAGCCGUUUCAUCAUCUCUGUUGAGUCACGAUCAACAAUGGUGGCAGCAGCAGCAGCAGCAGACCAUGGGGCUUGCGAGGAACCAGAUGAGGUGGUGGCGCCAACACCACAUGCGAGAUGUGUCAGCUGCUGUGGCCAAGUGUGUUAACGUAGAAACGAAUGAUUACUAGAGGUGGAAACCUAGAACAAAUACUAGUUGGUUGUACUCACUAGAAGCAUACCUCAGUCUAGCCUAUAACUUCUACAUAGAUAAUAUAAACGAAUGAUUACUAGAGGUGGAAACCUAGAACAAAUACUAGUUGGUUGUACUCACUAGAAGCAUACCUCAGUCUAGCCUAUAACUUCUACA